AUCUAUCACAGUUUCUCCACUCACUUCGAUGCACUCGUUCAUAUCGAUUGGACAUACUUUCGAUAGACUUAUUCAUUGGAAACAUUAAAAUAAAAUGAAGCUUUAUCAUUCCUUGAUUGUCUUUUACAUAUUUGUGCAGGGCUAUGAUGCAAACCAGCAAUGUGAUUUGUGCGUCAAUCGGUUCAAUUGGACUGCAUGCGACGCGGCAGCAAGGUCCAAUGUGUGCUCUGAGGAUCUCGUGGAUGCGACCCAUAAUUUCCUUUCGCAGUACAAUCCAACAUUGAGUGAAACCCUAUCAAGCGACACCAGCGUUCGUCAGUUUCGUUGCUUCCUGUUGGAGCUGGAAAUAGACGUUUCCACUGUGAAUGUGUUCAUCAGAGCUUGUACCUAUGAAAGUUUGGUGUUUUGUGAAGGAUGGAAUGCUAACGGCGCCAGGGCCACCAAUUGUGCUGUUUGUUCGGACGGAAUGUGUGAACGAAACGCCACGUGGGAUGCGCUUUUAGCGACGACGACUACCGUUGAUCCACCAACGACAACAGCCAUUGAUUUGUCUACAACGACAACGGUAUUAACGACAACAACGACAACUGUUGAUCCGUCUACGACAACUGUCGUCAUUCCGUCAACGACAACAACGGUGUUAGCGACAACAACAACUACCGUCAAUCCAUCAUCGACGACUACCAUUGAACCGUCAACAACGACAACAACGACUACCGUCGAUCUGACAACAACGACAGCGCCAUUGGCGACAACGACAACUACACAAAGUUCACCAUUGCCAACGACGUCUACGACAUCGACAACAGUUUCAACAACUGAAACUCCAUGUAUCGUGGACUGGACAACAACGGCGCAAAUGACACCAGCUCCAACAGACAUGUCAGCAUCCGCGGGUACGCAUACUACAGUAUUAGGAACAAGUACGAUACUACACUCUACAGUGACGGAGAGUUCAUCCGAUACGGAUAUUACAACUGUCCCGAAUAAUGCUUUCAACUGUACUGAGUGUGACAGUGCUGUAAGUUGGGAACAUUGUAGAAACCGCAGUCGAACCGUCCAGUGUACGACAGCGGACGUUAAUGAGCUGCAUUCCAGCCUGCAUAAAUUCAAUCCGGGUCUCCCGGUGGGUAAUUACAGCGAGUUUAAAUGUUUCAGAAUCCAGGUGAACCUCAGUGAUCCCGAACAUGGUGGAGUUGUGUACGGCAUGGGGUGCACAUUUGCUUCUGCUCGGUUUUGUGCACGUUCUGAAUGGCGUAACGCUACGGUUAUGGUAUGUUCCGGUACGGGUCAGUUAGGCGGUACAGCGCCAGCAAUGAUUGGUUUGGUGAUGGUGAUUUUGUCAUCAAUAGUUGGCAAAUUAAACGUGAAGUACUGAUAAUACUAGGAAUGAUAAAUAAAUGCCAUUGAUAGCAUAGUUGCAUUUCGAUAAAUGGUUAUGACUAUUUUACUCGCAGUACAGCUUUCUUCCCUCGCCAUUUGGCCGCUGGUAUAAUUUUUUUUUGAUAAGAACUGUUUCCAGACACUGAACUGACAUUUUCUGAGCAAACAUUAAUGUUUUUCGUUACUACCUAAUGACAUCCAAAGAGUUGUUUCUUCUAUGUCAACAACAGUACUUGAUAGAGAAUUUUAAACAAUAAUUUUUAUUUCCUUCUUCUAAUUUGUCUAGCUAUUAAAGAAAUCAUUUGAUAAGGACACAACAAACAUGCAAAAGCGUUAGUUAAUAUCAAAGAUGGCUACAAGCAACAAGAUACCCGACUUCUGUACUACUUAAAUUCCACACAUUUUUAUUGGCAUUAAUCUAAAGAAAUUUACAAAUAAAUUUUAAGUGUGCGUAAAUAACCACUUGCUAUAGGAGAUUCCACAUAAAUGUUAUUUGUUUAUAAGGGUUAGGUGUGUUUCCGCAUAUACCAACAUUUUCCCCAACCAACAAAAUGGUGUAGUUUAGCCAAUGGAGUAUUUUUAAUUUUACCCAACCAAUAAAAAGCGUAUAUCGUUUCUUGUCGAGACCACCAUAUUUAAUGGAACGUACACACGGUCAAGCAGUUUGACCAACAUUGACUCCACCUCUCGUUUAUUCAAACAUCCAUCAAGUUUUACCAACAACGGCACGAACAAUCAAUUUA